AUGUCGUAUUAUAUACACCCCGAUGUCCUUACGUUGAAAACAAUAGCUGACAACAGGUGGAAAGAACCGAGCUUACAUUCAGCUAAUUCUCCAAGGACUAAGACACCACACGAUGCUCAAUCGUUGGUUCGAUUAGUGUCAAAUUCUUCCUGGGCGGUUCAAGACCCAUAUUCAGAGCCAGUGACGCGGUUCAUAAAGUGGUACCGCAAAGGACAGGAGAUGGACUUCAAAAGCAUGGACAAUGAAAAGCUUCGAGAUGAGCUACAGAGUUACUUAGCCGACAUCGACGACCUGUUUUUCUUCGGCCUCCUAACCAGAAAAGUCAAAGGAAAAUCAGGAACGCAGAAACUUGUCCUUCUAAGGGUUACGAGUGAGGCCCCGAAAGGUAAUUAUUGUGGUGCUUAUAAAAUGGAAGACGAAGGACCAUCGAUUCGUAUACAUCGAUAUGAUCGUCAAGGCAUAAUUCGACCAUUUGAGAAGUUUCUCAGCACGCUUGUACACGAAUCUUGUCACGCAUAUCUCGAUAUCUUUAGCGAUACGCGUCAUUCCAAACACCAAGAAUGGGUUUGUGACUAUGGUGGUCAUGGAGAGAUGUUUUGGGUCCUAUUUCGGUUUAUUAUGGAAAAGAUAAGGGCUUAUACUAGGUCAGAAAGAUGGGAGAGACAAAUGAAAGAUAUGGAGUACGAAUGCGUUGAUAUCACGAAAACGAAAGGCCGCCCUGGUGAUUGGGGGACUCCGGCGCGGACUGUAAUGGGAGGUUUCUUGAGUCCAGGAUAUGCUUAA